AGCAGUUUUCACCUUAAGAGUUCUGUUGAUGGAUGGAAACUCCUUCAGUGGUCUUAUCCCAACUCAGUUGUGCCAAUUGAUCCAAGUAAGCAUAAUGGAUCUUUCCAACAACAAUUUUUCUGGGUCAAUACCUCGCUGCUAGCUUUCACUACAUUAAUUACCUUUGGGAAGAGCUAUUACGAUUAUGCUAAUUCUGGUACGGUGUUUUGGAAUGCAAAUUGCUGGCGUGUAGGUCUCCUGGUGAAGAUUUUUCAAAUUCAUAAUUAUGAACUUAUGAAUGAAGAAGAUGAAGUUCAGUUCGUUACAAAACAUAAGACUAGCUCUUACACGGGUCUCCCUCUUCGGUACAUGUCUGGAUUGGAUUUGUCAGCAAACAACCUUACAGGUCUAAUCCCUUACGAAUUAGGAAUGCUUGCUUCUCUCAUGCACUUAUUAAAUUUGUCUCGGAACCAGCUCACAGGUUCCAUUCCAAAUACAUUCUCCAAUCUGACUCAAUUAGAAAGCUUGGACCUUUCUCACAACAAUUUGAGUGGAGAAAUCCCUUCUGCAUUGAAUGGCUUGCAUUUUUUGGCGGUCUUCACAGUUGCUUACAACAACCUAUCAGGUAGAAUUCCAGACACGAAACAAUUCGUGACGUUUGAUGAGAGAAGCUACGAGGAAAACCCAUUACUUUGUGGACCACCCCUGAAGAAAAGAUGCAACAACGUAUACGUAGAUGGUCACCCAUCUCCUUCGGCAACAAAACCGGAUGGAAAAUGGUACACAGUAGAUCUUGUGGUCUUCUUUCCAAGCUUUUUCGUAGCCUUCUUCAUGUUCUUCCUGGGACCUGUUGCAUUUCUUUAUUUUAAUCCUUAAUGGCAAAAGGCGAUGCUUCGAUUUGACUGAGGAUUGUAUGUAUUCUUGUUACUAUUUUGUUGUCGAUACUCUACGUAGGUUAUCAAAUCGUUUGUAUAAUUAGCUAUUGUUGGAUUUGUGCUUAAUUAUGUAUAG